CAACACUUGGCAUAUUCUUCUGUUUCUCUGAUCUUCCCGCGCUUCUCUCUUCGCCCUUCCACGUCAACGACGGCCCUCAAUUCCUCAGUCCAAUACCUCCAUUAUUGUCCAUCAGUAUCUUGUCUACGCCCUUCCUUUGAUUUUCACCACUGACCAGAUUUGCGCGCCAAGAUGCAGACCGCCGUAUCUGAUAAGCAAUUGCACAUCGGCGUCUCCAGCCCGCUCGACACCCCCUCGUUCCGACCCAACACCCCACCCUUGGAGCAUCCCGCUCAAUCGUCAGCGAAGAUCACCGAGCCUGGCAUUGAUGGUCUUCCUGAACUGGAUUUGAGGAACCCCAUCUCGUCUUUGCUUAAGCUCGGUACCAAGAGGGCCCACGUCAAGGCUGAGCACUCUGCUGGUGCUGCAGCUCUGGUUCAAGGCGACUUGGGUUUGGAGGAGUACAUCAGAUGGCUUGCCGCUCUUUGGAGGAUCUACGACGUGCUUGAACUCGGCCUCCAAGAGAACUCCUCAAAUCCCGUCCUCGCCCCCACCUAUGACCCAGCCCUCCUCGCCCGUGCUGCCCCUCUCGCUGCCGAUAUCAAUUACCUCCUCACCCUCUUGCCCAAGGACAAGACUGCCGUGGAGACCAAUGUCUCUCUCAAUGAGCCUGCCACUCCGCUUCCUCCGUUCCCUCUUCCCUCCUUCAUUGCGCCCAUAUUCAACGACCCUCCCAGGCCUUUGACAAACUACCUCAGCCACGUCCGAACACUGUCCGCUUCUCCCGUCACCGCUCCAGGCCUUCUUGCCCACGCUUACGUGCGAUACCUCGGUGACCUUUCCGGAGGACAAUUCAUCGGUGCGCGAGUGAAGAAAUCUUUCGAUCUUCCGGGCGAUGAUGGGACCAAGUUCUACCAGUUUGAUUUCCAGAAGGGAGGCAAUGCGCAAGGCGAUGAAAGCAGAGCCGAGACAAAGAAGCGACUGGCUGAAGUAAAGGAUUGGUACAGACGAGGUAUGGAUGAGGGUGUGGGCGAGGACCAGAGGCUUAAGGCCGACCUCAUCGAAGAGGCCAAUCUUGCUUUCUCCCUCAAUACAGAUCUUUUCUCCAUCAUUCAAGUACCUGCCAAGGACAGCAAGAAGGCUGAAUCUGGCGCUGUUGCUACCGAAAACAGACCGCAAACCCGCGCAGAACUCCUCACGCAAUCGGCCUGGUUCCUUGCAGCAGCCCUCUUUGGCGUGUUCUUGAACAUCUACGUCGGACCCCUCCUCUCAAAGUUGUUCGCUUAAAUUAAGCUUUAGUAACGGGAGAGUUGGAGAGAAAUGAAGAAUUAACAGCAUCAAUUCACUAAAAGGUUCCAUUUUCUUGUACUGCCCAUGCACUAUUUUUUGGUUUAGACUUCUUACAUCC